CUCUGCCGUGCCGUGCCGUGCCGUGCCGGCGGAGCCCGCUGGGCCGGGCCGAUGGCGGGCCAUUUGAACCACCGCUCCCUGUGGGCUCUGAGCGCUGAGCCGGGAGAAAUGAAGAGAAAAUGGCAAGAAAGACUGAAGAAACUGGAAGAUCUAGCAUCUCACUACGAAAGAAAUCCUCUUCCUACAGUUUAUAAACCAAGACUGUCCAAGCCCUCUAUGCCAUCUUCUGUUUGGAAAAUAUUUUCUCGACAGGCUGAAGCUUUUAGUUAUGUAAAAACCUGCAAAGAGGAUGUUCACGUGUUUGCUUUGGAAAAAAACACCCAGAAUGGACAGAGGUUUUACCUUGUGACAACAUAUAAAGAGCUUUGGUUUUAUUAUACCAAAGGUUGCAAAACAAGUCUUAUGCAUUGCUAUGAAGUAAUUCCUGCAAAAGAUGCUUGCAAACUUUAUUUUGAUUUGGAGUUUUACAAACCAGCGAAUCCUGAUGCAGAUGGCAAGAGUAUGGUCAAGAAGUUAAUUGAGCUUGUCAGCCAAAAAUUAAAACAACUUUAUGAUGUAAAUUGUUCAUCAAAAGAUGUCUUGAACUUGGAUUCCAGUACUGAAGAAAAAUUUAGUCGGCACUUAAUAUUUCUACCCCAAAAGACAGUAUUUAAGGAUAAUGCUCAUGUUGCUGUUGAAGAUGAUUCUAAAGACUGGCCAGCCGCUGCUCAUGAAACAAAGGAUAUGGAAAUGCCACACCAGGGAGAAAAUUUGGAUUUUUCCUUCCUAAUAGUAAACAAUAAAGAAGGCAACAAGCAGCUUUUUGUGGAUCUAGGUGUUUAUACAAAGAAUAGAAAUUUCCGGAUGUAUAAGUCAUCAAAAGCAGGAAAAAAUGUGAUUCUGAAGAUAGCAGAGGAUAAUAAGUUUAUCCCCAAGUGUGAAAAGGAUGUUUCCUUGGAAGAAGCAUAUUUUCUUUCCUCUUUAAUCUGCAACAUUGGAGAAAGUAAUGACAUAAAAGUUCUGUCAUCUGGCUUUUCAGAGGAGGAGAGAAAAAUAUCUGCUUUUUUAAACAGUAAAACUAACAGAAGCAGCAGAGAUCCCAUGGAAGGUUACCAGGAGGGUUCGCCAUACCCAGAAAUUGAUAAUUUUGUUCGUUCUUUGGUUAAUAAAGAUGGGCUACAAGGAGGGAUACGACAAUGGAGUUACUUCUCUCUCAAAGAACUACUUAUUUAUGAUAUUUCUGGUUACCGUUGGUGUGAAAAUAUCGGAAGAGCUCACAAGAGUAACAAUAUAAUGAUUCUGGUAGAUCUAAAGAAUGAAGUCUGGUAUCAAAAGUGUCAUGAUCCUGUCUGCAGAGAACAGAACUUCAAAUCACAAAGUUUUCCAUUACCGCCUGGGAUAUGCCUCCAAACGCUUUUCAAAGAGGAAGAAGAGUCCAUGCUAAUGGAUGACAGGAGGAACACAGAAGGAAAAGUAAAUCCACAUUCUAGUGCAUCAGACUUGUCAAAAAGCUCAGUAUCUCCAGAGAACAGCUGGUCUCAAGACUUCCUGUUUUCAGAGAGUGAGUGGGAAAACACAAGUGAUGAUGCCUGUUUCCAAGAAGCUGCUGAAGAUGUGGAACUAGCUGAAGCUGCAGAUGAUAGUCUGAAUCAUGCCAUGGAAGAAAUCCCAGAUGAAGUUCUUCUGGAAGCUUUAAGGAAAGAAGAUCUCUACACUAAAGAAGGCAGCUAAGCACAGGCCUGGCCAGCAAUGAAUGACACUUGUGUGGCGCUGGUGUGAAAGGUCCUGCAGGGUAGUUCACAAGCACCACUCCAGAGCUGUAGGAUGAAGAAUGGAGUGCCUGGGUGAACUUCAGCAGGCCUGAGGAGAUCAUAGAAGAUUACGUGGGGGGCUGAAGAGAACUAGACUAAAAACUCAUCAUGAAUGCUGCUCCAAGCUUAGCACUUUUAGCACUCUUUGCUGUACAGUUUCUAUUAGUUUUAUGUCCAAGUUUUAUUGAGAAGCCAACAAAACAGACUUCUUAUUUCCAUAUAUGAGAUGAAGUAAUAUAUUUCAA